AUGUCCUCAAUGUCAUCUGAAUACACUAUUGGUGGGGUGAAGAUUAACUUUCCUUGUAAAGCUUAUCCAGCACAGCUUGCUAUGAUGAGUUCUAUUGUCAGAGGACUAAACAGUAGUCAGCAUUGUUUGUUGGAGAGUCCCACAGGAAGUGGAAAAAGUUUAGCCUUACUUUGUUCUGCAUUAGCAUGGCAACAAUCUCAUACUGGAAAGCCAGUGGAUGAGGGCUUGAAUAAAAAGCCUGAGGUGCCGCCAUCAUGUUGUUGUGCAUGCCAUUCAAAGAACUUUACUUACAGUGACAUGCACACGGGCACGUCUCCUCAUUUCAGUAGUCCAAGCAAGCUGUCUGAAAGAAGUGGGGCCUCGUCACCCUGCCGAGACUCUCCUGAAAAAAAUACUCUGGCUGCAAAGUUAUCUGCCAAGAAACAGGCAUCCAUACAGAGAGAUGAAGAUGAUGAUUUUCAAAUAGAGAAGAAAAGAAUCCGACCCUUAGAAACCGCACAGCAGAUGAGAAAAUGUCAUUGCUUGGAAAAGGAUGUCCACCAUUUGGAUGCAGAAGUAGCUUCGGAAAAGAGAGUAAAACCCGAGUCACCUGUAAGAAAGACAAGCUCCUCUUUCCAAAAUCUCGAUGGCCUGUGUUCUAGAUGCGGCUGUUCUACUAAGCAAGGGCACAGUGAAGACUCUGCAAAUACUCUUAAGAAAGAUCACGGGGGACAAUCCAAGAGACCCAAAAUUUAUUUUGGGACACGCACACACAAGCAGAUUGCUCAGAUUACUAGAGAGCUCCGAAAGACAGCUUACGCAGGGGUCCCAAUGACCGUUCUUUCCAGCAGGGAUCAUACUUGUGUUCAUCCUGAAGUAGUGGGUAACUUCAACAGAAACGAAAAGUGCAUGGAAUUGCUGGAUGGAAAACAGGGAAAAUCCUGCUAUUUUUAUCAUGGUGUCCAUAAAAUCAGUAAUCAGCAGACAUUGCAGUCUCUUCAGGGGAUGUCCAAAGCCUGGGACAUAGAAGAGCUUGUCAGCUUCGGGAGGAAACUGAAGGCAUGUCCCUACUACACAGCUCGGGAGCUCAUAGAUGAUGCUGACAUAAUCUUUUGUCCCUACAACUACCUCUUGGACGCACAAAUAAGGGAAAGUAUGGAUAUAAAGCUGAAGGAGCAAGUUAUCAUUUUAGAUGAAGCGCAUAACAUUGAAGAGUGUGCUCGGGAAUCUGCAAGCUACAGUGUAACAGAAGUUCAGCUUAGGUUUGCACGGGACGAGCUAGAUAGUUUGGUCAGCAGUAAUGUAAGGAAGAAAAGCCACGAGCCCCUACGAGAUGUGUGCUAUAACCUCAUUAAUUGGUUAGAAACAAAUUCUGAACAUCUUGUAGAAAGGGACUAUGAAUCGUCUUGUAAAAUUUGGAGUGGAAAGGAUAUGCUCUUAAAUUUGUACAGAAUGGGCAUCACCAAUGCUACUUUUCCCGGUUUGCAGAGACAUUUUUCAGCUGUUCUUCAAAAAGAAGAAAAAGUCACAUCGGUCCAUGGUAAAGAGGAAGCAAUACAAAUACCUGUUAUUAGUGCUUCAACUCAAAUAAUGCUCAAAGGACUCUUUAUGGUGCUUGACUAUCUCUUUAGAGAAAAUAGCAGAUUUGCAGAUGAUUAUAAAAUUGCUAUUCAACAAACUUACUCCUGGACAAAUCAGAUUGCUGUUUUUGAUAAAAAUGGGGUCUUGGCUCUACCAAAAAAUAAGAGACAUUCACGACAGAAGAUUGGAGUUAAUGUGCUAAACUUUUGGUGCUUAAAUCCAGCUGUGGCCUUUUCAGAUAUUAACAACAAAGUACGAACAAUCGUUCUAACAUCAGGAACACUGUCACCUCUGAAAUCCUUUUCAUCUGAGCUUGGUGUUACGUUUAACAUCCAAUUAGAGGCUAACCAUGUCGUCAGCAACUCCCAGGUUUGGGUUGGUACUGUCGGCUCGGGCCCUCAGGGUCGGAAUCUCUGUGCUACCUUCCAGCACACCGAAACAUUCGAGUUCCAGGAUGAAGUGGGAAUGCUUUUGUUGUCUGUGUGCCAGACUGUGAGCCAAGGGAUUUUGUGCUUUUUGCCAUCUUACAAGCUGUUAGAGAAAUUAAGAGACCGUUGGGUCUCCACUGGCUUAUGGCACAGUUUGGAGUCAGUGAAGACAGUCAUCACAGAACCGCAAAGAGGCGAAAAAACUGAUUUUGAUGAGUUGCUGCAGGUAUACUACGAUGCCAUCAAGUUCAAAGGAGAAAAAGAUGGAGCCCUUCUCAUAGCGGUUUGUCGUGGCAAAGUGAGCGAGGGUCUGGACUUCUCAGAUGAUAAUGCCCGUGCUGUCAUAACAGUAGGAAUUCCUUUUCCAAAUGUGAAAGAUCUUCAGGUUGAACUAAAACGACAAUACAAUGACCACCAUUCAAAGUUGAGAGGCCUUUUGCCUGGCCGUCAAUGGUAUGAAAUUCAAGCAUACAGAGCCUUAAAUCAGGCUCUAGGCAGAUGUAUUCGACACAAAAAUGAUUGGGGAGCUCUUAUUCUAGUGGACAAUCGUUUUAAUAGCAACCCAAACCGCUACAUAUCGGGACUUUCUAAAUGGGUGAGGCAGCAGAUUCAGCACCAUUCAACCUUUGCAAGUGCCCUGGAGUCCCUGACUGAGUUUUCUAAAAGGCACCAGAAAGUUACUAAUAGAGCCAAAAAAGACAAAAAAUGUAUAAAAGACAAGGAGUCUACUCUGGAAGUGGCCUGUUUGGAGGCUAGCACUCUUACAAGUGUGUCAAAAGCAAGUCAUCUAUCGCCAGAAAAUUCUAGGGAAGAAGCAGCAGAAAUGUAUGUCCGGGAGCUGCAGUGUACGAAAAUGCCCGCUAAAAACCUGUCAGUACUGAGUCACGAGAUCUCCACAAGGAAGAAAAGUGAUCCAGUGCUAAGAGGCGAAUCUGUUCAAACAGUGAAAACAGAGAGAAAUGUCAUUUCCAGAUCCUCCAGCCCAACUUUCGGGAAGCAAACAGAACCAGUCAGCUGGCCUGUCUUUAAUUCUCUGAGACAGCAUUUCGCUAGGAAAGUAAAGAAUUGCACACCUGCGCUUGUGUCUUCAGAGAGCCACGCCUCUGGUUCUUCCGCCUUCAAGACAGAAGACAAAACUGCUUUGCCACCCCCAGGUGAAUGUGUGACCUCAAAUGAAACUGCAGAGGCAUCGUUCACAGCUCGCCCUCUGUCAGAAAUCGUGAUUUCAUCAGUGAAGGUUGACGUGACUCCUGCUAAGAACCAUUCCAGACAGCUCUUCUGCCCUGAGAAAGACCGCCAUCCGGAUAGGAACUUGUCUCCGGGAAGUGAAGAAGCCAAGCGUGCCAGUUCAAAUAAAGCUAUUGAAACAGAAGCAGAGGACGACUCUCUGUGUUUCACACCUGAACUUUUUGAUCCUGUUGACACUGAUGAAGAAAACGGGGAACUAGUGGAAACCGAUAGGUCCAGUAAUAAUUCAGAUUGUUUUUCAGCUGAAGACCUCUUUGAAACUGGAACUGGAUUCAGCCAGAAAUGAACGUUGAAGGUGCACAGAACAAAGUUGAGUGGAGUCAUGCCCGGUGGAAGGGAACAAAGCCAACAACUCCUCUAGAAAAUCAGCUGGGCGAACUCGUGCGUAGGCAUGAGGACCUAGAAGCAGUAGUGAGGGGCUCCUGACCCUAGUGAUGCGCCAGGAUUUGGUUAAGCCUCCUUGUGUAAAUAAUAAUUUGUGCAUUGGGUAAAUGGUAUAAUUUUAAUUUUUUAGAUAUAUUUUCAUUUUAAGUCAUCAGAUUUGUCUGUUUUAUGUUCAGAAAUACAAGUUUUAUUCUAGAGUUUUAAUUAGGUAAUCCAUACAAAGAACUUCCUCUAAUAUUUAGUUUCCUGGGUACUCUCAGUUUAACACAAUUAACCAUGUUUUUAGUCCACUUAUUGUGACUUCAUACGAAUAGACAAAGAUUAAUCCCAGAUGAAUCUAGCCACACUUCAGCAUCUGUUACUGUAUAUUUUAAUGCAAAUUCAUAGAGGUUUUUGGAAAUCAUAGUUUAUCUCCAAAAGCUUGCUGCUUCAUUAACCUGCCUUAGAUUAGACAGUGCACACAGCUGCUUUCCCAACAUGUGGAAUACUGAGGCUCUGGGCCUGCUUCAAAGUCAAAAGAAAAACAUUGUUUAUGACCAGUUUAUUAGAGAGAAAAGGGUAAGGGUAUGCAUAUUUCAUUGAAAUUGGGGUCUUUUUGUUUGCCAAAACUAAAAUAUCAGAAAGAAAAUUAUAUGCAGUUAUAUUUGAGAUAUUCCAAAUAUCAAUUCUAAAGAAAGACCUCCACCCAGAUAGGGACUUGUCUCCAGGAAGUGAAGAAGCCAAGCAUGCCUGUUCAAAUAAAGCUAUUGAAACAGAAGCAGAGGACGACUCUCUGUGUUUCACACCUGAACUUUUUGAUCCUGUUGACAUUGAUGAAGAAAACAGAGAACUAGUGGAAGCUUCCCUAUCAUCAGAAAAAGUGAUGUGCCUCACCCUCUGGCCUCCACACAUGUAUGC